CUGGCUUUAUAUACAUCCGUUGACAGCACUGUGAACGUCAAGGCCAUGCACGACCAACUUCAAUUGACUCGAUUGGAUUUAGGAACAGGCCUGAUGUUUGACAGAUUACGCGAGUGUCUAUAGUUUUUAGUAGUUGCGCCGGAUUAUUAACCAACAUAUUUUUUUCAUGGGAAAUGUCACGCACAUAGCAUUUUUAGAUUGCAGUACGUCGGUCGAAAUUGCGCUUGAAGAUCUUGGAUAACGAAUAGUACAAAAUGAAGCCUUUAAUCGAAUUCGACGAAUGUUUAAGAGAUACCCCUAAGUUUCGAUCCUGUGUCGAAGAGGUAGAAAGGAAUAUAGAUCAACUUGAACAGAAAUUGGAUAAGGUAUUAAAGAAUUGCAGUCUUACCAUUGAUAUGGGAAAAACAUUUGUUGGACAGCAAAACCAGUUUGCUAAUAGUCUGUGGGAGUUAUCUCUAUACUUUAGCGAUGAUCCUGAAAUAAUGGCAUUUUUAAAUAAACUCAUUCAUGCUCUGCAAGAAAUGAACAAAUAUCAUAGCAUCUUGUUAGAUCAAGCUUCUAGAACUGUGAUGAAAGAUCUUAAUAACUUCAUCAAGAGUGACAUCAAGAGAGUAAAAGAAUCUCGGCAUUACUUUGAAAGGAUUUCCAGUGAUUUAGAUGUUGCAUUAAAUAGGAAUUCUCAAAUACCGAAAUCUCGACCUAUGGAAUAUGAAGAGGCAUCAAAUAUCCUGUCUGCUACACGAUCUUGUUUUCGACACACUGCACUGGAUUAUAUUCACGCAUUGACAAUGUUGCAGGCACGCAAACGCCAUGAAAUAUUAGGCACAUUGCUGAGUUACAUGCAUGCAUGUAUCACUUAUUACCACCAAGGAAGUGAUCUUGCUCAAGACUUGGAUCCAUUUCUGAGAGAUCUGAGUGAAAACUUAGUUAGCAUGAGAAGUGAUUCAAAUAAGCUUGAAAAGGAAAUGGAAAAUCGGCAUAUUUACGUUAAUAAUAGGGAUCUGAUUCCCUUUCCUGUACCUGGCAAUCCUAAGAUGGAAGGAUAUCUGUUUAAAAGAACGAGCAAUGCUUUCAAAACAUGGAACAGAAGGUGGUUCUGUCUAAAGGACCAUCAACUGGUAUAUCGAAAACGGACAGGUGAUGAAGGUUAUACAGUUAUGGAAGAAGAUUUGCGACUAUGUACUGUUAAACCAGUAGUCGAUUGCGAGCGGAGGAACUGUUUUGAAGUUUUAAGUCCUACCAAUAAAAAGCAUCUUAUUAUCUGUAGGAGUCACAUGUUACAAGCUGACAGCGAGGAAACAUAUUUGGCAUGGGUGACUGCUAUGCAGCAAGCUAUCGGUGCUGCCAUUCAAAGAGGCAUGAGCAUAGAUGCAAACGUUAAUCCACGUGAGUCGCAAUCGCGCGAUAACAAAGGUCCAGUGAGACUACUAACACGACCGAAAUCGAAAGUAUGGGAACAGUUACUGAAGAUUUCGGGUAAUGAGAUUUGUUGCGAUUGCGGCGAUAUUAAUCCACGAUGGGCUAGUAUCAAUCUGGGUAUUACGCUUUGCAUAGAAUGCUCUGGUGUGCACAGAAGUCUCGGGGUACAUUACAGCAAAGUACGCUCUUUGACUCUGGACGAUUGGGAACCGGAGAUACUAAAGGUGAUGGCGGAAUUGGGUAAUUCGGUGGUAAAUAGCAUAUACGAAGCUUUGCCUGUACCUCCUGACAUUAUAAAAGCUACACCAAAGUGCAACAGCUAUUUACUCCUCAGUAAUAUUCGGGAAGUCUGGAUAAAAUCAAAGUACGUAGACCGUAAGUUUGUAAGGCCUUUAAUCGACGCGAUAUCGUCCGGACAUCACGCCAAUCGAGAUGAGAUGCACUUCCGGAAAUGGAGCGUGCGUAAGUUGCGCCGCAGACCACGCAGCUGCGACAAGAUCGACGAUGGUGAUUGCGACCAAGCGUUGUCGAUGUUGCCACUAGUGAAAGAAGGUCAUUAUCCGAUGAGCUCAGACGACAGUAAGCACACGUCAAUUGACAGUUUGAAUUCUGUUGGUAAGGCAAAACUCAUGGGACGGAAUUCGAUUAGCUCUGAUGAUAGCUCUAAUAUAGAUUUGAAAAAUAACUCUGCUCUCUACGGGAGAAUCUUGAAUCGUUCCCAACACGAUCUGAACGAUGUUAAUAAACACACGAAAAACACCGCGGCCCAUGGCGAAGCGGGAAGCGGUGAAUCGCUGCGGGAUAUUCGUUCAGAUAGUAGUCGAGAUCGAGUUGAUAUCGACGAAACGAAGAACAAUUCCGAUAGGUAUAUCAGCGAUAACAAAAAUGACGAAAGAGACGCCUCGGAAGGCAAGAAUUCUUCCAGAUCGGAGGAGCAUUGCAAGGAGAAGGCAGAAUCGGACAUAUUGAUGUUCGGUUGUGACGUGCCGAAACCUGUGAUCGAUGGUAAUCUAGAAUUGGUGAGUUCCGAUCAAGAUUCUACAGCUGGUGAGGACGAAGAAUUCACCGAAGAGGAGGAUAUAGAGAAUCUGCAUCCCGAUAUGUUACUCUACAAAGCCGCGGCAGCGCACAAUCUUCCUGUGAUGUGUGCAGCAUUAGCGGCCGGCGCCGACAAACUGUGGUCCAAUGUUCACGAUAAAAGCCGUAGUGCUCUGCAUCAAGCGAUCAUAAGCGGUUCCGUUAUGUCAUGCGAAUAUCUUCUGCUGAAUGGAGCACGAAUCAAUAGCCGAGACGCCGAUGGAAAAACACCGUUGUACUUGGCGACUGAAUUAGGACAUACCGCGCAAGUGUGCUUACUCUUGAAACAUCGUGCUGAUCAACACAUUGAGGAUGAAAGCGGGGUAAAGCCUUUGUCGAUUGCUGUAAAAGAAGCAAAUGCUGACAUCGUUACGUUACUACGGCUUGGGCUCUUAAACGAGGAAAUGAAGGACUCAGAAAUAGGCGUCACAGGUGACGAGACAUUUAACGAUGUUGUUCGUGAUUUCAGUCAAUUGGCUUGCUCGCAUCCAGAGCGAUUACAGCGUCGGAACGAGACCACAAAUUUACCAAACAUGCCUGAUUGAGAUUUACAAAUUUUAACAUAGCAAUCCAAAGGUUUAUCAAUUGCGAAAAUACGAUGAUAUUUUAUAUUUUAUGUACGGUGCGUUAGCCACAUAUUUUAUGUAUAGUGCAACGAAACAAAUGAAUUAUACGCCACAAAGUUGGUCCUUCAGAUUAUCGCAAGGUACUAACUGAUUAAUCGUGUAAAUGCGAGUAAUCUCGAGUGUUUACUCUGCUUACGUUGCAUUAUUUUGAUAAUUUUACUAUUGUAUGUUCGUAAGGCCUUAAGGCUCGUAGCCUCUUGUCGCGGAACUCUUGAUUGAUGACGUCAGACGUGAGUAAACGCGCGCUAAAAAGUUCUAUAUGCUGUUUCCGAGUAAAAAUAUAUACAUGUACAAAAGAAUACUUCAGAUCGUCGGAAUAUACUUGUGCUUCGAACAUUAUGUUUCUCUCAUGUCUCGUAUUAUAGUCAUUUUAUGGUUGUUGACUGACCAUGAAGGAAGAAGCAUAGUGUUCGGAGUAUUUUACAAGUAUCUUCUAAUGAUCUAUAUGUAACAAGUAUUUUUCUAUACAAAUAUCUCUUUGUUUGGGAAUAGCACGCAGAAAUUUUCAGUGUGCCAUUUCUGGCCUCUGACGUCACUGUACAACAUGGUCGUGGCGAGUAUUCAGGAGCCUUAAAUUUUGAAUACAUGAUGCGUAUGGUCUAGGAGGAGGAGGGGGAUAUAAUUGUAUGAUAAAAUUUUCUACGUGUUGCGCGCGCACACACAUACAUUUACUUGAUAUUUUACUUGAUAUAUUAGAAUAUGCUUAUAUGAAUCAACUAGUUUUACAAAUCACUUAGAGUAGUGAUGUUAUCGGCAUGAUAAAGAGCAUUGUCAUCUUGUUAUAUAUAAUAUAUAAUAUUGUGAUGCAGCUCGCUGAUAUACCGCUGUGGUGCAUAGUUGUACGUUGGUUAAUUGAUUGUCAAUUUAUGCUUCCUUAGAUUAACAAAAAUUAUAAAGAGAGCGAGAGGGAGGCCGUAAAAUGCCUGUUGCCAAAAAUUCCAACUUCUAUAUAGAAACGCGACGGUUUGAUAAUCAUCGGUUUUAUAUAUAUUUUCUAAAAUAAAUAGCCCGAUUUUUUUAGAAACUUGUACAGAAAGCAACGAUACAAUAUUAUGAAAUUAGAAAAAGGAAAGAUAAUCAGAUUUCUUAGCAUUAUAUAUCACGCAUAUUUUAUUGCAUUUAUACAUAUUUAAUUAAUGGUAUGUAAAUCUAGUAUAGACGAUUCACAAACACAACAUUCCUGAUAUAUUAUAUCGUACCGACUCUUGUAUUUUGGCUUUUUAUUACGAGGAGUUAAACGCGUGUUAGACACGAAAAGUGGGUGACACAAAUGACUGUUUGUACCGUUCAAGUCAUUAUGUCGGUCGUAAGGAGGAAAAUAAUUUGCAAAAGUAUGGCAACUGUUAAAAGGCAAUAUGAAAUGCUUUAAUGUCGCUUUAAUGUGCUUCUGAUAGACGAUUCCUAUGAUGAUAUUAUCAAUUUAUCACAAAUUCCACGUUCGUAAGAAAGCUCGAAAAGAUAUGCAUUUCAGACUUUUACAAAGACGUGUCGCGCGUUAAGACAAUUAAUAUUUGCUACAAUUUAUAUCCAUAUUUAGCUCCUACAUUUUGAUAAAAUUAGAAUAAUCUUAAUAUUACUCAAAAAGAAAAAGAAAUUGUAAAUAUAGGCCCUUUUUUUAUGUAUAUUUGAUAUAUAAGAUGCAGAAAACUAUGUCAUUGAAGUUACAUAUGUAUUUUGUACUUACAAACUGUACAUACCUUUCGCAGUUUUUGUUGGACAUGUGCGUUUCAACUUGUGAAAGAGUAUCAAGCCAUUUGAUCAACACUCUUUAUUCUAUAUUGCGGAUUAGAAUUGCUGAACUCGAAAGCGAUAACGUUCACGCAACGCAAUAUGCAACUGAGGAAAAUAAAGUGCAAAGUUUUCUAAAAGCUAAUAGUAAAAAUCCAAGAAAUAUAUGGCUCUGUAAUGUCACUUGAGACUUUGGUCAGUUCUAGAACUGACUUCAAUGGUUGCCAGUUACAUUUCGAAACAUUAACUAUGUUUGUAUUUAUAGCUCUUUUGUAGAGGAUAAUAAAUUUCAAAUAUGGAAUAAGAGAAAUUUGGGAAAUUUGUUAUUGUUGUGACUGUCAUCUUCACCGUGCACUCAAUUUGAUAUAGAAUCUCAAAUUAUUCGAUUCUCAAGAUAGGCAUAAUUUUAUGGGAAAAGCGAAAACGUUUCGUCUGAGAUUUGUCAUUGUAAAGAUCCGAGGUACGUACGCGGUAAAAAUAAGUAAGACAUACGCGUGCGCAUUUGUAGCAAGCGUAUAAACAUCAUUGAGCGACCAGAAUUACUGAUAAAUAUGUCGCAGCGGCAACAAAAACAACUCUCAAUUCUACUUUGUAAAACUUGUGAUAA